ACAGAAACAAGCUGCCCAGGGAUGUGGUGGAGUUGCUGUCCCUGGAGGUAUUCAAGAAACAUUGAGAUGCUGAACAGAGGAAUAUGGUUUAGUGGGGAAAUGGUGGUAGGUGGACGGUUGGACUGAAUGAUCUUGGAGGUCUUUUCCAACUUUGUUAAUUCUAUGAUUCUACAAUUCACUGCUCCAUGCCCACAGCCCUCACAUCAGCUGUUUCCUCCACACAACAGCAGGGCUGGCAGUUCUCCUGGCUUUUACUGCAGCCCAGCUGAGUGUCCACAAAUCAAAACAGAAUAGCUCCAAAUUGAAAUCCAUGGAUUACCUGCAACUCCAGUAAUAACCAUGCUGGAGAACUACCUGGAUUGGAACUGCUGACACGAAAAACGUGUGAAGAGUGUUGAUAAUUGGAGAUUCCAUGCUGAGAGACGCUGAAGAACCGAUUUCAUAGAUUCACAGAAUCAUAGAAUUGUUUGAGUUGGAAGGGGCCCUUAAAGGUCAUCUAGUCCCACUCCCUGUGAUGCACAGGGACACUCACAGCUCCACCAGUGCUCACAGCCCAUCUCCUACCUGUGGGUGUCUGCAGGGAUGGGGCACCACCACCGCUCACUGCAACCUGUGCAGCACCUCACCACCCUUAGUGUAUGAACUUCUUCCUUAUAUCCAUCUAAAUAUCCCUUCUUUUAGUUGGAAGCCAUUUCCCCUUGUCCUACCACACUGAUCCUGCUACAGAGUCCAUCUCCUUCCUUCUUACAGCCCCUUCAGAUACUGAAGGCUGCUCUCAGCCCUCCCUGCAGCCUUCCCUUCUCCAGCUGCACAGCCCCAGCUAUCAGCCUGUCCUUAUCAGGAGGUGUAGGGAGGUGGAUCACUGCUCAGCCUCUGUAGGUCCCUUUGAUGGCAUCCCGUCCCGGCAUGUGGACAGCAGUGCACAGCUUGGUGUCACCCACACUGCUGAGGGUGCACUCAGUGCACUGCUGAUGUCACUGUUGGAGAUGGGAUAGAGCACAGAUCCCAGCACUGAGCCCUGAAGGACACCAGUGUCACUGCUCUUCAUCCGGACACGGAGCUGCUGACCACCAGAGUGGUGGUACAUCUCACAGCAGCGCCUCAUCCACUGAACGGUCCCACCAUCAAAUCCACAUCUUUCCCAUAUGGGGAGAAGGACAUUGUGGGAGACCGUGUCGAAGGCCUCACUGAAAUCCAGAGAGGUGAUACCUGCAGCUCUUCCCUCAUCCACUGCCACAGUGACACCAUCACAGAAGGCCAUGUUUGGCCAGACAGGCCCUGCCCUUGGGGAAGCCGUGCUGGCUGUGCCAUGCCACUCCUUCCAUGUACCAUAGCACAGCUUCCAGGAGGAGCUACUCCACGAUCUACCCCAGAACAGAGGUGAGACUACAGGUCGGUAGUUCCCUGCAUCAUCCUUUCUAUCCUUCUUAAAAAGGGGCAUGAUGUGCCCUUUUUUCCAGUCACCAGGGACUUCAACUGGCCACCAUAAUCUUUCAAAUACCACUGAGCAUGGCUUGGUGACUACAUCUGCCAGCUCCCUUGGGACUCUGGAAUGUAUUUCAUAGGGACAUAGACCUGUAGAUGUUCAGGUUCCUCAGGUGGACACGGACCUGUUUUUUGCUUACAGCAGGAGGAUCAAUGCUUCCUCAGUCCCAUCAGCUAGAUCGGUGUGUGAAGAGCAGUCACCAGUGGAGACUGAGGCAAAAAAGUUGUUCAGUACCUCAGCCUUCACUUUGUCUGUUGUUACCAGCUCAGCCUGCCUGCAUUGCUCACUGGGGGUAGAAUACCCUUUUGCACAUUCCUUUUCUGAUUGAUGCACUGUAGAAGCUGUUCUUGUUCUCCUUUGUGCCCCUUGCCAAGUCCAGUUGGGCCUUGGCCUCCCUGACCCCAGCCCUACACAGCCCAACAGCAUCCCUAUACUCCUCCCAGGCUUCCACUUCCUGUGCAUGUUCUUCUUGCUCUCAAGUUUGACAAGCAGCUCCUGGCUCAGCCGUGCAGGUCUCUUGCCUUCCUUUCCUGACUUCCUACACUUCAGGAUGAAGAGCUCCUGCAUCCUGAGGAAAGCUUUCUUAAAGAUCUGCCAGCUCUGCUCUGUUCCCUUGACCUUGAGGACAGAUUCCCAGCAGGGGCUGUUGACAAAUUCCCUGCAGAACUGGAAUUUGGCUUUCCUAAAAUUAAGCUUCCUGUUUUUUCUCCGUGUCUGUACAAUAUCUCUCAGGAGUGUGAAUUUCACCAUUGCUGCCUUUGAGAAACAGCCAUGAGCAGGUUGAGAGUUUGUGUGUAAAACUGAGGGACUGAACUAACAAAGGACAUCUGGUGGUUGGUUAUGGGAAAAAAUAAAUAAAGCAGAAAACAGGGCUCUGCUACUGAAACAGGAUCUUUGAUAACUUUUAGAAUCAUGGAAUGGUUUGGGAUGGAUGGGAGCUUAAAGCCCAUCCAGCCCCACCCAUGGCCAGAACCCUAUCCAUGGCCCUGGGCACCAUGGGGAUGGACCACUGCAGCUCUGGGCAGCAGUGCCAGUGCCUCACCACCCUCAUAAUGAAGAAUUUAUUCUGAUGCCUGAUCUAAACAUACAGUCUGAUAGCUUAGAGCUGUUCCCCCUUGUCUUAUCACUUAACUCCCUGACAAAGAGUCUCUCCCUCCCUGUAUUGCAGCCCCAUAAUGAACUGGAAGGCCACAAUGAGGUCUACCCAGACUCUUCUCUUCUCCAGGCUGAACACCUCAGCCUGUCUCCAUAGCAGAGGUGCUCCAAACUCUGAGCAUAGUGCCAGCUUGUGUUCAGUAUUUAAUCCAAGAGCCCCAAGUCCUUCUCAAUCCACCCUCUGCCCAGCCUGUCUCUGUGCAUGGAACUGUCUUGACCAAGGUGCAGCACUAUGCACCAGGCCUGGUUGAACCACAGGCAGUUCACAACACACCACCUCUCAGCCCUGCCCAGGUCCCUCGGAAUGGCAUCCCUUCCUUCCAUCAAUCACACCAGGCAGCUUGGUGUCAUCAGAAAUCAUGGACUUGUGAAGAAAAGUAUAAUUGUGUGAAGACACAAAACCUACAUGAGGACAAACAGAUAAUGACAGUGGAUUGUUGCCCUCUACUCUGCCCUUGUGGGACCCAACCUGCAGAUCCGUAUUCAGAUCUGGGACCCCCAAAACAAGAAAGAUGUGGAGUGGGUCCGGAGGAGGCCAUGAAGAGAUUGGAGAACCUCUCCUAGAAAGGCAAGCUGAGGGAGCAAGGGGAGUUCAGCCUGGAGAAGACUGUGGGGAGACCUCAUUGUGUCCUCUCUGUACAUAAUGGAGCUUAUAAAUGGGAGGAAAAGAGACUUCUUAUAUGGGCAGAUCACUAGAGGGCAAGGGGGAACGGCUUUAAACUAAAAGAGGGGAGAUUUAGGUGCGAUGUUAGGCAGGGAUUCUUUACCAAGAGGUGAUGAGGUGCUGGCACUGCCCAGAGCUGUGGUGCCCAGCCCUGGAGGUGCCCAAAGCCAUGGCUGGGGGCCGGGCAGCCCGAGCUGUGAGGCAGCCAGCCCAUGGCAGGGUGGGGCUGGGGGUCCCUUUCAAUCCAAACUGUUCCAUGAUGCUCCAAUUGUGUGUGUCUCACCAGCACCAACCAAGGAAACACGUUGCUCUGCUCCUUCCCCCACAGGCACCCACUCCUUUGAGAUCCACAGGCAAAGCCCCAGCACCUGCUCCCCUAAAGCUAAAGCGCUGGGAGCUGGGAGGUGGAAAAUGACCUAGUCCAAAUUACAGCAUAAAUCAGGGAUAAUUAAUGAGGUGAAACGGAGGGGCCGGGCUCCAGGAGCUGAAGCCGUGCCGCGUCCCAGGCCGGCACCAAUGGCAGUGCAACCAGCGAUCACGUGAGCUGCGGCACCACUCAAAAUGGCGGCGCCCACACCGACUCCGUGUGUGCUUCCCCCACUUCCGGUCGGCUGAAUGCUUCCGCUGGAGGCGGGACUAUGGCCGGAAGUGCGUAUAAGGAUUCGUAGGGUGCAACCUAACGUCGUGUGGCCUGCUUCCGGCGCGGUCCUGCUUCCGGCGCGGGGCCUGCUUCCGGCGCGGGCCUACUUCCGGUGACUGUCCGCCGGAAGUGGAGAGUAGAGGCUUGCGAGGCCUUCGCAGUUGUCACGGCCUCGCACAUGGAGGAGCCUGUGACCUUUGAGGACAUCGCCAUCUACCUGAGCCGCGCAGAGUGGGACAUGGUUGCAGAGGAGCAGAGGGAGCUGUACCGCAGCGUCAUGCUGGACAACUAUGAGCUCUUGGCAUCAUUGGGGUACCCAGGCCCCAAACCUGACAUUCUGCAUCGACUGGAGCGUGGGGAAGAGCCAUGGGUCAACACACCACAGAGCCCAGUGAAGUGGGAUGGACCUGACAGACCUUUUGUUGCCGUGCAGGAUGCAAUGGGGACAAGAGAUGGCUGGCAGAGUCAUGCUCCAGCAGGUGGCUGGAUGUUGACAAGCACAAGGUGCUGGAGGAGACACACACCCCCAGCCAUGGAAAACGUGAGCCGUGGCUGCUGCGGUCCAGCAGACUGCUAAAGAAGUUUGGGUGUCUUGAGGGUAGGAAUGAAUUGCGGUCAGAGGCAGCCAGCAGCCAGCCAGCACCAGAGGGAAGAAAAGAGAAGGCACAGA